AUGAUACAUACUUCUGAUGAAAAACUUUUCCAAAUAUUAGUGCAAGCUGCUGGAGAUUCUCAGCAGCGUCCACAAUAUUACAUCGGAGGAAAUGCUGCACUUAUGGCAGAAAAAAUUGCAUCAUCAUUUCCAAGGACAACUGCAUACUUAGUUGGGCCUAUAGGGCCACGAAGCCAGGCUUUGCUUCACCCAUCAAUCGUUCGCACAAAUUCAACUCGCAUAAUCAAAGAUGAGAUCCAUAUAAUCAUGGAAUACAAACAAGGCGAAAUUCUUGGUGAAUAUGUGGCUCCUGCAUCUUCUCGGUUUAUUACUUCUCAUGAUCAGUACAGUGGUAGUUCAGUUGUGAUCGAAAUGUUUUUCAAAGCUAUCUCACAGUUCCAGCCUGAUUUAAUUAUACUAACAGGAGUUCAUUUAAUUCAAACACAAAACAAAGAAAUGAGGUCGGAAAAACUGCGAUUGAUAAAGAGGAAUUUGUUGCAAUUGCCUUCAAACAUUCCAAUCCAUUUAGAACUUGGCAGUAUUGGUCAUGCGGAUUAUGUUGCCGAAGUGCUGAAAAAGAUAGUUCCAAAUGUCGAUUCACUUGGUAUCAAUGAACAAGAAUUGGCUUUUUUCUCGCAUAUUGCGAAUGGUCCAUAUACUGAUCUUUAUCCUGUUUCUCCUGGUGCAGUGCAUGUGCAUAAAUUUGUAGCCCAUUUAAAUAUCACCAUAAAUUAUUUUGAUUAUUAUAUGAAUUCAAAAAAAAAAAAUUUUCAUGUUUAUCGUGGAACGGAUUGGUCUAAUUUGGCGGCGGGCUUAGCUGCUGGUGCGCGAACUGCUGCAUAUUCAUGUAACGCAGCUAGAGAUAUAAAUACUGAUAAUUUGGAAUUAAGGACAUCUCUUACACAUGUACUUGAUAGAGAAGUUGGCAAAAUGUACAAUUUCGAGCCUCACAAGCCAAUAGCUUCUUGGAUGCGGAAGGAUGUAGUUUUUAUUUAUACACCAGUUCUCGUAUGUAAAUUUCCAUCCAGAACUGUUGGUAUUGAUGAUGCAAUCUCAACAUCUGGAUUGCUUUUCUCGCAGUUUCACCGUUUUAGCACUUGGAUGAAGAGAGCUGUUCCUCCGCUGCUUUCAACUGUUCGAGGCAUCAGGCGAAUUCGAUCCAAAAAGUUCCUUUGUCCAGAUCCAAUUGAAACUCUCAAGAAACCAACAAAUCGUCCUGUAAAGUGGAUUGAGGACGCUACAACCUAUUCUGAUAUACAUAAUCUGAUGACAGAUCCCUCUUCAAUUCCUUAUUCUAGGAAAGACAUGGAGCGGCUUAUGCAUUCAACUCAAGAGAAAAUGAAAAAAGAGACGAAGAAAAAGAAAAAAGGAAUUAAUUUUGGCCAUAUACCGAUAAGUGAGCAAGUGGUAGUUAUGUUUCCUGGUCAAGGAUCACAAUAUACAGGAAUGGGAAAAAAAGUGAUAGAUUGUCGUAAAGCAGAUGAAAUAUAUGAACGAGCUUCCGAAAUUCUUCAAUAUGAUUUGAAACAAAUUUGUAUCGAAGGUCCCAAAACAAAACUUGACCAAACAAUUUAUUGUCAGCCUGCAAUGCUUGUGACUUGUUUGGCAGCGUGGGAAAAAUUUAAACAAUCAAAUGAAUGGGUAGUUGACAAAUUAACUCAUACUGCUGGUUUUAGUGUUGGUGAAAUUGCUUCACUUGUUCUUGCAGGAGUCAUUAGCUUCGAAGACGCAGUCAAGCUUGUGAAAAUUCGAGCAGAAGCGAUGAAUCAGUGCAGUCAACGCAUUAGUUCGGGGAUGCUAACUAUUCGGACUUCCGCCAUUUCUCGACUUUCUGAAGCCAUGAAAGACGCCAAAUUAUCAGCAGUGGAAAAAAACGAACUAGCAAUAUGUGAAAUAUCCAAUUAUUUAUUUUGCCACGUCAAGGUCAUUGGUGCAUCUCAGAAAUGUAUGGAUUACUUAAUACAAAAUAAAGACAAAUAUUCGUUUCAGGUGGUUAAAAAGCUGGCGGUUAGUGGGGCAUUUCAUACUACUCUUAUGAAAGAAGCUGCUGAACCACUGAAUGCAGCUUUAAAAGAUAUCACUAUAAAUCCACCAUGCAUUAACAUUUUUUCGAACUAUACGGGGGAAUUAUUUCAUGAUUCACCAAUUUCAAUCAAAGCUUCUAUUGUUAAGCAAAUUUACAAUUCAGUAAAAUGGGAACAGAUUCAGCAACAUCUUUUUCGACUGCAUCGGAAUCAUCAAUAUCCACUUUACAUGGAAGUUGGACCUGGCAGACAGCUGGGUGCUAUGUUUUAUAAUAUAAGUAAAAGGGUUUAUGCUCAUUAUGAAAGCUUUCCUGCGUAA